UGAAGGGGAACAUGGUGAGAAUCCAUUUUAGUGCAAUGUGCGUUGGAUGCACUUUCCUGGGGAUGGCAUCACUGGCCACCAUUGUUGGGUUGUGGACCGUUCAACUCCUUCCUUCUACAGGACCUCCUGCUGAGCCCUGGAACGAGCAUCGUCUACCAGACACUCUGGUUCCAGACUACUACAACAUCACGCUCUGGCCUCGACUCCAGCCGAACAUUCACGGCCUCUUUGUAUUCACUGGAAAUUCCAGCGUGGUCUUCAAAUGUCUGAGGGAGACCGAUCUCAUCCUCAUUCACUCCAAUAAGCUAAACCUGACCUCAAUAGAUGGAUAUCUGGCCAAACUCUCUGCGCUUGGUACCUCAGUAGCGCCCUCAAUUCAGAAAACCUGGAUGCAGGAGACGACGCAGUACCUUGUCAUACAGUUGAAGGGCAAGCUGAAUGCUGGAGAGCUCUAUGAGCUUUACACAGAGUUUGUGGGAGAACUUGCAGAUGACCUGGCAGGGUUCUACCGAAGUGAAUAUGAGGAGAAUGGAGAGAAAAAGAUAGUAGCCACCAGCCAGAUGCAUCCCACACAUGCUCGCAAGACCUUUCCAUGUUUCGAUGAGCCUGCAAUGAGAGCAGUUUUCUACAUCACUCUCAUUCAUGACAGAGGAACCGUGGCCCUGUCGAAUGGAAUGGAAAUCGAGAAAGUUGACACUGUUCUUGAUGGACAACCUGUUACGAUGUCAACAUUUGAACCCACAAAGAACAUGUCCUCCUAUCUAUUGGCACUGGUUGUCAGUGACUAUACAAAUGUUACAUCAGCGAAUGACACCUUGAUACGAAUAUGGGCCCGUAAGAAAGCCAUCGAGGUCGGCCAUGGUGAUUAUGCCCUGAAUAUAACUGGGCCAAUCCUCAAGUUUUUUGAAAACUAUUACAGUGUACCAUAUCCACUCUCAAAAUCAGACCAGAUUGCCCUGCCUGAUUUUUACUUUGGGGCGAUGGAGAAUUGGGGUCUGGUGACGUACAGGGAGACAAACCUUCUAUAUGAUCCAGUCAUCUCCUCUAAUGCAAACAAAGAGAGAACGGCCACAAUUAUAGCCCAUGAACUGGCACACAUGUGGUUUGGCAACCUUGUGACUCUAAAGUGGUGGAAUGAAGUUUGGUUAAAUGAAGGUUUCGCGUCUUAUGUAUCAUAUCUUGGUGCAGACUUUGCUGAACCAUCCUGGAACGUGAAAGACUUGAUCAUCCUUAAAGACAUACACCAUGUUUUUGCUGUGGAUGCUCUGGCCUCCUCCCAUCCCCUGUCUUCGAAUGAGGAAGAUAUUAUAAAACCAGAGCAGAUCACUGAGCAGUUUGAUACAGUCUCCUACAGCAAGGGGGCGUCGGUGUUGAGAAUGCUGUCAGACUUCCUUACCGAGCCUGUGUUCGUGCAAGGCCUAAAUACAUAUCUUACCAUGUUCGCCUAUCAAAAUACAGUCGGUGAGGACCUGUGGAAUCACCUUCAAACUGCUGUUGAUAAGACUGGAACAGUUCUUCCCUUAAGUGUCAAAGAGAUCAUGGACCGCUGGGUUCUUCAAAUGGGCUUCCCAGUGGUCACAGUCAACACUACGACAGGCCAGGUCUCUCAGAUGCACUUCCUUCUGGAUCCUGAGUCUUCAUUACAGAGGCAGUCUCCAUUCAAUUAUGAAUGGAUUGUACCCAUCAACUGGAUGAAGGCAGAGGUGGAACAGUCACGCUUUUGGCUCACAGAAAAAACUGCUUUUCACUCUGAUAUGAAGGCAACUGGAAAUGAGUGGGUGCUGGUGAAUCUGAACAUCACUGGAUAUUACAGAGUGAACUAUGACACUGAGAACUGGGAGUGUCUCCUGAAUCAACUGACAGAGAACCAUGAGGCCGUCCCAGUCAUCAACAGAGCUCAGAUAGUGGAUGAUGCAUUUAACCUUGUGAGGGCAAAGAUAAUUCCGGUCACUUUAGCCCUAAAAACUACAAAGUACUUAUCUGAAGAAAGAGAAUACAUGCCAUGGCAGUCUGCACUGAACAACCUGGAUUAUUUUUACCUUAUGUUUACACAAACUGAUGUCUAUGAACUUUUACAGAAUUACACCAGGAAGCAGGUGACCCCCCUUUUUGAACAUUUUAAGACUAUUACCGAAGAUUGGUCGCAUGUUCCCACUGGCCAUACAGACCAGUACAAUCAAGUUAAUGCCAUUAGAUUUGCCUGCAGCACUGGUGUAGAUGGGUGUCAAAAUCUCACUACAGGCUGGUACAGACAGUGGAUGGACCAAACAAACCACAACCCAAUUCACCCCAACUUAAGGUCUACAGUGUACUGUAGUGCUAUUGCCUCAGGUGGCGCUGACGAGUGGGACUUUGGAUGGCUGAUGUUUAAGACCGCCACCAUCGGAAUAGAAGCUGAUAAACUCAUGUCAGCCCUGGCUUGUGCAAAAGAUACCACACUUUUAGAAAGGUACCUUGGAUACACGCUUGACGCAUCAAUAAUCCGUAAACAGGACGCUACCUCUGUCAUUGUGUAUAUUGCCAGCAACCCAGACGGUCAGACAUUGGCUUGGGAUUUUGUCAGGAAGAACUGGGUGUAUAUGUUCACAGAGUAUGGUGUGGGGUCUUUUAACUUUGCCAACCUUAUAAGUGGCAUAACCAAAACAUUUUCAACUGAAUCAGAACUUGAGCAGCUUCUGCAGUUUAAGAGUGACAAUGCAGAGAUCGGCUUUGGAUCAGGGACAGCAGCUCUGGAACAGGCCAUCGAGAAGACAAAAGCCAAUAUAAAAUGGGUGGCUGAAAACCAGAGAGAAAUCACAGACUGGCUGAUGGCAGAAUCUGCUUAAAAACCACAAAGACAAAACAAAUUACGUUAGUCUCCU